UCGUGCAUCCAUGUGUUGAGAGUUUCGAAUAAGUUUAUUGAUUGAAAGUGUUCAAGAUUUUUCAUUUGUUCUCAAAGAUACAUUGGAAAAAAAGGAUUUAGAACAAAAAACAAAAAAACAAAAAAAGAGUGAUUCGUUCUAACGUGUUCGAAUAUUUGUAGAAUAUUAGUGGGAGAGAUAAAAGUGUUUUAAAAGAUUAACCCUCUCACAGAAGUCAGAUUAAAAAAAACUUUAGGAUACCUUCUUAAUUUAUUUGAUCUACGUAAAGAAAAAUAGAGAGACAAAAGUAAAAGAGGAUUAAAGUUGGAAUAAAGAAUGGGAAUUUUUUAAAGACACCAAUAUAAGCCCUUAAAUCUAAUUACUUACAAAAUGGCGGAGAAGAAUAAAAUUCUACCCUGGUCAUUAUUUCCUUAUCCAGCGAGUUUACUCAAUCACGUUUGGUACAGUCAACUAGCGUUCAAUACUAGAAUAUUAGAAAGUAUGAAAAUGCCGGCUAGAACUUCGGGUUUUCACAUAAGUGACAUAUUAGAAUUGAACGAUGCUAAACCAUCUUCAGAAGAGAACGAUGUACAAGGAAGUACAACGGUUCUACCGACGGCCAACGAAGUUCCAUCGGCGUAUCAACAAUUUUUAGAACACACGACGGCCAUGUUACAACCGAUGCAUGUGAAUCUAAAUAGAGGUAGUUUGCCACCACCACCUCCGGGAUUGCUUAGCUGGCCAAGUGGACCAACGGCUUUACCAACUACACUACCACAGCCAUUAGAAGAAGUAAACAUUCUCCAACAACCAGAUUCAACGAGUCCGGCGAUAUCGGAAUUGUCAUUUCCUUCGCAACAAGAGAAUGGUCACGAAUUUAAGGACGAGGAAUCGCAAGAUUUCAAAGAGGAACAUAAAAACGGUGAAACACCGAGUCACGAGGUUGAACAUAAAAAAAGAAAAAGACGCAAUUUAUUUACAAAAGCACAAACGUUCGAAUUGGAAAGAAGAUUUCGUCAACAGAGAUAUUUGAGUGCACCGGAAAGGGAACACCUAGCGUCGAUAAUAAGAUUGACACCUACCCAAGUUAAAAUUUGGUUUCAAAAUCAUAGGUACAAGACGAAACGUGCAGCUACUGAAAGAGUAGAAGCUAGUGGAAGUGGUUGUUCGCCUAGAAGAGUAGCAGUUCCGGUUUUGGUAAGGGACGGUAAACCAUGCCAAUCGAAAUUAAUGGAACAAACGAAUUAUCCUGGAAAUGGUCAAGUAUCUAUGGCUCCAUAUGUGCCAAAAACAUUUUGGUGGUAAAAUUUUCAUCUAUACAAUAUAAAUGAGAUUUUAAUCGUUAUUGUUUAAAUGGACC